AACCAUCUCCCAUCUCAAUCGAUCAUUGGUGCUCUCCCUUCAUCUCCUUCCAUUUUCUCUAUAUCCAAUUCGUAUCUUUUAUUGCUCAUUCAUAUUUUAAAUUUUUUUUUUGGCUCAAAGCAAACAAAAUCAUUAAACGGAAAGGGGGAAAGACGAAGGCAAGCGAUGAUAACGCGAUCGAAUUUAGAAGAGCAGUUGAGAGAGUAUCAGAUUCGAUCUAACCAUGAUUGGGCCUCCGUUUCGUUCUUCUCAUCAACGUCUAAUCUUACAUCGUCUAGGGUGGAUGUUGUUGUGUUUGUUAUUUGGGAACUUGUUAUUUUAGCUUUCUUGGUUUUCUCAUCCGUUUCUUUAUACUUUCGGCAUUUGCAACUUGCCUUUAUUCUAGUAUGCAUCACAAUGCUAUUGCUUCUCUGCAUGAAAAUCACAAAGCAAGUGAGACUGGCUAGGAAAAAGAAGAGACGCAUGCUCCUUCCAUUAUCUAUGUAGAACUAUAUUGAGUUGUGUAAGUUUAAGACUUAUUGAUCAUUGCAUUUGGCCCACUUGCUCUUGUCUAUUGAAAUAUGUAAUUGUGCCUAGAGCAAGUUGAUGAAGAAAUUCAAUUUGAUAUGAUCACCUCAAAGAUCCGAUGUACCACUGUGAGUAAUAGUUUGAUGAGGAAAGUGGGGAUGGUCUAAUUGAACAUGCAGGGGUCAGUUUGAAAAUAUGUUGUCGUUCUCACUACCCUUGUGCUGUAUGCAUCAUUGUGAGAAGCUAUAUAUUGUAAUGCUAUCCAGGUGUAGUGAAGAAUAUUUUACUUGAUUUUGUAAUUUGUUUGACCCGAUUGUAGUUUACAAGACAUCGGAGGAUUGAAAUUGGUGUAUGUGAGUGAUUUAAACAUUUUUGCAUGUAGGAUGUAUUCAUACAAUUGAUUUGCAGCAGAUCAAAUAC